AUGACAGGAUUAUCAACUCAAAUGUCUCUGACAGCCUCAAAAGAUUCAAGGACCAGGAUGAUCACUCUGCAAAUUAGUUGGGCACAAAUACUCUCUUGUUGGAUAAUGGUGACUUGGGUAGUUCCUCCAUUGAAGGAAUGGCCUGCUAAUGGUCUACCUUGGCUUUUCAUUUGCUAUUAUGGUAGCCCCUAUGAUUUCAAUAGUAAAGUUGAGUCCUGGAAUAUGCUGGCUAAAACUGAUGAUAACAACCAAUUACCCUGGUUGGUCAUUGGUGAUUUCAAUAUCAUCCUCCAUGAUAUUGAAAAGUUCAGUUCUCAACCAAUUGAUACCAAUGAAGUUGUCUUUUUUCACAACAAGAUUUUGGAUCUUGAUUUGGUGGAUCUGGGAACCACUGGCUUCCCAUUCACUUGGUCCAACAUGAGAAUUGGUCAUGCUCUCACUAAACAAACAUUAGGUAGAGGGCUAGCAACUAAAAGUUGGCUAAUUUUAUAUCCUAAUACCACCAUAUCUAAUAUGAUGGAUAUUGGUGCUUUCCUCAUAGCUAGAAGACUUAAAUAUAUCAAAUUCAAGCUUAGAGUCUGGAACAAGGAAGUUUAUGGCUACAUCAAAACCAACAUAAAUGAAUGCAAACAACAUCUUCAUUUUCUUCACAACAAAUACUUCAUACAUGAUAGAAAUCAAGCACUAGCUCUAGAUAGAAAGCAUCUCAAGGAUUGGCAGGAUAUUGAAGAAAAGUUCUGGAAAACAAAAAAUAGAGAUCAAUUCAUAAAACUUGGUGAUCAGAACAGAAACUACUUCCACAGAGCUACCAAGAGUAGAACUAGGAGAAACAAGAUUGAUAUAAUUCAAGACAAUAAAGGAGCAUGGAUAACAGACUACCAAGAAGUGAAAAACUGUUUCACACAUCAUUUCUCUACUAUGAAUAAAACUGAAAACCCAACCAUUAACCCAGAAAUUAUCGACCUAAUACACACCACCAUUACUAUAGAUGAAAACACUAUGCUAAACAGAACCCCAGAUUACAAUGAAGUUAUGUCCAUCUUGUUCAGCAUGGAAAAGGAUAAAGCUCUAGGACCUGAUGGUUUCCCUCCCAAUUUUUUCAAGCCAACCGGGAGCUAA